UUUCGGCGCUGGUAACGUAGGCGGCGAUGCUGCGGUGCGGCUACUAUGGCGGUGUCGCCCUGCGGGUCCUUUGUGUGGUUUCCAUGGGAAUGGUGCACCCUGAUGAGUUCUUCCAGUGCCCAGAGGUCAUGGCCAAGUCCGUGUUUGGUGUGCCCCACGCUUUCAUUCCGUGGGAGUACAAGCUACCGCUUCCAAAUCGGUCCGUGUUAUUUCCGUCCCUCGUCGCCGGACUGCCGUACGCGCUGUGGAAAUGGCUGGGACUUGACGCAAAUGGCAUGGCAUUCCUUCUCCUCCCUCGUCUCGUUCUCCUUGCGCUCUCGUUCGCGUACGACGCGACGAUUGCAAUGCUGUGCCGGCGAGUGCUGCGAAUCGAUCCGUGGGGGCCGCUCUUUGCCUUCUCGACGUCGUGGACAACUUGGAUCUUUCUCACACGACCGUUUUCCAACACAAUGGAGUCGCUUUUAGUCGUCGCGAGCUUCUUCGUGCUGUUCCAUCGACCGGCGAGCACGCUGCGCACGGCGCUGCUGGGGCUGACACUGGCACUUGGGACAUUUGCGCGGUUUACCUUCAUUUUCUUCUUUUUGCCGCUGGGGUUGUAUCUAGUAUGGGACAACGACAGAGACCUGCAGCUGACGGCGUCGAAGAAGGCGCGGGCGAACUCCAUGCAGACGCACCAGGCAGUGGCUUCGAUGGCACAACGCUUGGGCGGGGUGGUUCACACGGCUGUCGUCGGCGUAGUUUCGUUUGCAAUCGCAAGUGUGGCGGUCGCGUUGCUGGACACGUUGUACUUCCACGGUGGACGACUUUCAUCGCCUCGGACGGCGUGGGUCGUGGCCCCUUGGAACAAUUUGAUCUACAACUUGGACCCGACGCAUCUGGCCGAGCAUGGGCUGCACCCUCGCACGAACCACUGGGUUGUCAACAUGCCGUUGCUCUUUGGCCCGCUCGCGCUGGUGUUUCUAUACCAAGUGGUACGAUUCCCACACAAAAUGACAACGUUCCAGAUCGUGUGCGCCGCCGCAGUCAUCGUUCCAGUGUCCGCGCUGUCGAUGGCCCCACACCAAGAAGCCCGCUUUUUGCUGCCGGUGCUGCUUCCGCUAACGCUUGUCGCGCCCCUCGGAAGCAGCCAUCGCGUCGUCCAAGUCGUGUGGCUCGUCUUCAACGUGUCGCUGGGGCUGUGGUUCGGUGUGCUGCAUCAGGGCGGGCUCCUACCUCUCCUCCUUGCGUCAGGUGGAAGCGCUGGCGCGAAUCCCAUGUGCACUGCUGCACACUCUACGAUUCCUUCGUACGCUGCCAUCAUCACGACGGGGACGUACAUGCCGCCACGGUUUGCCCUGAGUCCCUCCGUUGUUUCGCUCCUCGAUGUUCCGCUGGCGCAGCUCCCGUCGGCGCUCCACUCGCAGCAAGCGCUGGGAAAUGCCGUGCUGCUGGCGUAUCCCGAGCCAUUAUCGAAUGAAGUAAAUGCAAUCGUCGCGGGCUUGGCCGGACCGCCCGUUCAACGCGCUCCAGUGUUUGAAUGCUGGCCGUUCAUCUCGACCGAGAGCUUGCCGCCGCAACUUUGGAAUGCGACGCAGUGGACCCUCCACGCACACGCUUUGUCGUGGAGUUAGAAGUGCUGUAGCUUGGACAAAACUACAUAAAACAACGAGCGGUGGACGAUGCCCGCCUCCUCACGAACUGAGCGCAUCCCCAACAACAUUUGGUCCGACCCACCUCCUUGUUACAACUCCAUGCCUGCCAUCCUUUCAGCCUCCUCC